GUAUUGCGCUGAGCAGGGCAUCCGAACGCAGUGAGCGCCGUGCGACGAACGCACCCGAACGCGAUCUUUAUUCAACACGGUCGCGCCGACAGUCCGGAGGUGACCGCGGGCGGGGCGGCACGUGCUGUGCACGCCUCGCGAUAUUUCAGUGUUUAUAUACGCCAUUGUUUUAAUUCAAUCCGUCUACAAUCAAUACGACAUCGGAGUGAAAACACGGCCUAUUUACUGCAUUCACUAGAGUCUAGUGCGAAUCCAGUGACAGUAAAUUUUGUCUAUAAGUAGAAUAGAUGCAGGACAGUAUUGACAAGUGAAACUCUAUCGUACAAUUCAUCCGAAGAAGGGUUUUGUUUGUGACAUUGUUAUUUGACUAUAAAAGUGUUAGUGAUCUCUGUUGUAUGGAAAGCAUGCAAAUCAAUAAUCGAGUGGAUGCCCAGCUCUGAGUAUACGAGAGCUCUUACGGUGCGGUGUAUUAUACGGUUGCAUAUUGAUUGGUUCUGUACCGGGAUCACUGGAACUUGUCAUCCAAUUAACGAUCAAACCUAAUCGGAGUUAAGGCAUUGGUACUAAGAGUUGAAGACUGAAGACUGGCUUAGGAAGACAUCAAAUUAAAUAUAUUAAGAAAUAGUGACACGAACAUCUCGUGAUGGUGCGCUUGGACGACAGUGUCAGAUAACCGCCGCGCGGUUACGAAGUAUGGGUGCUAACAUGGGCAAGAACUCGAGCCUGCUCGAUGCGCUGCCUACUGCGCAGGGCACGCUGCACGUGGUCAUGCUAGGGCUGGACUCUGCUGGCAAGACCACUGCACUCUAUCGGCUCAAAUUCGACCAGUACCUCAACACCGUCCCCACCAUUGGGUUCAACUGCGAAAAAGUCAAAGGCACUCUUGGCAAGUCAAAGGGUGUCAACUUCCUUGUAUGGGAUGUCGGCGGCCAAGAAAAAUUACGGCCUCUAUGGAAAUCCUACACCAGGUGCACAGAUGGCAUCAUAUUUGUUUUAGACUCCGUCGAUGUAGAACGAAUGGAAGAAGCAAAAAUGGAGUUAAUACGCACGGCUAAGUCUCCUGACAAUACGGGUGUGCCGAUUCUUGUAUUAGCGAAUAAGCAAGACCUACCUGGGGCAAAGGAACCCCGCGAGCUGGAGAAACUAUUAGGCCUACACGAGCUGGUGUCGUCGCCGCACGGGUCGCGCGACGCGCACGCCUGGCACGUGCAGCCAGCUUGUGCCAUCACCGGCGAGGGCCUGCACGAGGGGCUCGAAGCACUCUAUGAGAUGAUACUCAAGAGAAGAAAGCUCGCCAAGCUGCAGAAAAAACGAGUCAGAUAGACUGUUUACUGUUGCGUUCAAGUGUUUGUGACAAGUCGGCCGUGCGCUAAUAACGGUACGGUUCGUGAACGUUAAGUAUUUUAAAAUGCUCACUGUAUGGAUGAUUUAUAACGUCCGAGAUAGAAACACCAAAUAUUGUUUUACUAUAGAUGUAUAACGUCUUAUGAAAUAUUCCAUCAUCAUGUUGCUCAAGUUAUAUUGAACAUUUUGACGGAAACGAAUAUUAAAGUUAAAUUAACUACUAGUCAUUUUCUUUUGAAAAUAGCUAGGUGGGAGAUAAAGGUAGACUACACUAAUCAUUUAGAUAUGUCCGUUUGAUAUGACCACUGGCUUACAUACAUGGUAAAUUAUAGCUUGUACGAGGCCACUUGUUCUGUGGUCAGCCUAAAUAUGCAAAUCCAACGACGAAAUUUUUUAGACGGUUUUCAUAGUUUGCAAAACGUGGCUCACACACAAUAUUAUGUGGGACCAUUAGUGUUACAGUAUUUAGGUAACUUUGGUGUGUGAUGGAGAGACGGGCAUUUGCGGGAUAAUAUGUAACUUUCAUCUUAAUAAUUAGUACCUAAUGUCUGUGCAAACUCACUAGAUUAUUCUUCUGAAUGUCAUACUAUACUAUUAUAUCAUGUGUGGAAUUAUCCUUUGUGGUGUUAUCAAUGGUUAAACUUUUUCCUGCUAUCGGAAUAUCUACCUACCUACUGUGUAAUAAUAACAUUUUUUCUAUAAUAAACUGAUUCUCUACGUUUCGUCAAAUGCUCCUUACAUCAAAUCUUUUUGUACGCUUCUAUAUAUCUUUUUAAACGAUAUAUAAGCUCAUUAUGCAUUGAUCCUUCCCCUUGAUUUCGUCCUAGAUUCUUUGCUCUAUUUUUUGUGUAGCUAAAAGUAGUAAGUAAAGAAUUCUACGUUUAAUGUGAUGUCAUAUAGGCAUUGUUACAACAUAAUAAUGAAGAGGCUUGUACUGUUAUUAUGUUGGGAGAGCUUCAAGUUUUUGUACAUAUACAAACUUAUUGUAAAUACUGUAGGGGAAUAUAUCAUACGAAAUAAACAACGUAUAUAUUAUGUAUGUCUUUCAAAAACAAUUAAUUGUUUCUAUAUCUGUACGCUUAGUACAAGUUUGCUUUACGAUGAACGAAAACGAAACGAGAGCGCGUUCGGCACUCUCAUUGGUUGGUUCAUUCGCGCCGGCCAAUCAGACCACCGAACGCGCUCUCGUUUCGUUUUCGUUAAACUUAAAGAAAACUUGUACUAAUGAUACUGAUACUAUACUAUUGAAAUAUGAUGUUUGUUACCUUUUCCGAAUCAAUUUGAGUAGUUCGUUUGUUUAAUUUGAUACAUUAACAAGUUUUGUAAAAUUCUUUAGCACUUUUGCUUUCUGGAGUGGAUGACUAUCGCUAGGUACUGACAAGAUAUACUCCUCAAUAUGUAAGGAUAAGGUAACGAUGUAAUUGAAAGACUAUUCUAGGCCAUUGAUCGUAUCGUCAUAGCGUUGAUGAAAAUUUCAAGUCAAAGCUUUAAACUUCUGAUAGACGAAAGUAUUGUCAUCAUUUGUUUGUUUAUAGUUUUAAUUAGUACCUAUUUAUUUAUUUACUCAUAGAUGUAUAACCUAAUGUUAAGACAUAAUAUUGAAAAGCUUUUACCAUUUUGUGUUAGGUACCCACUUUGUAAAUAUGUAAAUUCCAAGUAGUUAUUUGUCAAUACCAUGAAACCAAACAUUUUUAUGUGUAGAGCGUGUAAAUUUUGUUAUUAAAUAAUAUUUGUUUUAUUAUAUCUAUAUACAUACAUUGCGUAUUAUUGUAUUGUGUUUUAUGGAGAUACAUAUACGUUUUUCAUAUUGAACCCCGUAAAUAAACUGUUUUCAUUAAAA